UCUUACUAAAUAUAGAGUUUGGGCAUCAGGGAGCUGCAUGUAGCCUGCAUCUUUUAAACACUUUAUGUAGCUUUUGGCAUGUUUAUAGCAAGGUCAUCCCCUCAAAAUCAAAUGAUGAAUCUGACUUCUGAGGAACGUUGAUCGAUAGAGCAAAGAAACAACAGCAAUGGCAGUUGUGUUGAUGGGUGUCUGUGGAAGCGGCAAAUCUACCGUUGGCAGACAUCUCGCCAAAACUGCUGAUUGGGAAUUUAUAGAUGCUGAUGAUCACCACCCUGAGACAAAUAAACAAAAAAUGGCAAAGGGAAUUCCCCUGACUGAUGAGGACAGGCAUGGAUGGCUUCUUACCUUACAUCACAUUCUGAAAAGCUGGAGAAUCAACCACCAGGGUGGCGUUUUAGCCUGUUCUGCUUUGAAGAGGAGUUACAGAGAAAUUCUGUGCACGGGACAGAUGGAAGCUGUCCGUCAGAAAUGCUCGGUAAGACACGACAGCAGCUUCAGCCCAGAGAUGCCAACAAAGAAACGAGCUUUCAUGGACAGCAUAACCUUUGUGCAUCUUAAAGGAGACAGGGAGGUCAUUUCUUCAAGGAUGAGUGGUCGAGACAGCCACUUCAUGCCAGUGGCAUUACUUGAUUCCCAGUUUGAAACUCUUGAAGAACCAGCCCCAGAGGAAGGGAUAAGAAUUUUAACUGAAGAUAUUGGCCAGCCAGUUGAUGUCAUAGUAACGCACAUUUUAGACUUUAUCUCAGCACAAGUAACUUGCAAGCAGUUGUGAAAUGGACUUUUUACAAUCGUCCUAAAAUUUGUUGACUUUUAAAAACAUUUGAUUCUUUAAAAAUGCCAAAUUUGAAUGUACAGUUCUUAACUAUGGUGAGAUGUUCUUUAUAUAACAAUAUUAAAUACUAUAUUCUUUAUAACUAUAUAUAACUGUGCCCGCAUCACCAAGCGCUGGCCUAUGGUGGUAUUUUACCACCUGUUCAACUGUGCCGUUAUCAACAGUUUUGUGAUCUACCUGCAAGUCAACCCUGGUCUGCGUGGUGAGGACAGAACCCGCCACAACUUCACCCACUUGCUCAUCAGGGAACUCGUCAAUCCACAGAUCGUGACUCGCAUGCAACAGCCCCAUCGACUACCCACGUCCGUGAUUAGGGCCAUCAAAGCUGUGGGGUUCGAUGUCCAGUUCCCAGCCAUUCCCCUACCUCCCCCACCCCAGGACCUGUCACCGCAAAGAAGGUGCGCUUACUGCCCCACCGGCAACCGGAAGAGGACCAGGCGUCGCUGCUUGGAAUGUUCCAGAUUUGCCUGCAAGCAGCACAGCACCACCAAGAUGACAACAACCAUCACCUGCGUUGAGUGCUUGUCAGCUGAGUAACUGUACCAAUCCAAGAACAUUGGAACAUUUGACCACUGUAUCCGUUACAGAACUUGCAUGCUUUGUCAAACAAUAUCAACCACUCUUUCUUUAUUUCUGGUUUUUUUUUUGGGGGGGGGCAAAUUUUAGUCUUUGAUAUGGUGCCAUUUCUAUCCUUUUUGCUAUUACAGUUUUUAGUUUUGGACUGUUUCGGUUUCAGAGUUUCCAUCUGUUUACAGUUUUGCAAUCACAGUUUGGCUUGCUUUUUGGUACACUUUCAGUUUCCGACUUUCAGUCUGUUUAGUUUCAAUCGCUGUGUAAUUUUUGGGUUUUGAAAGUACAGUUUGGCUUUUGUACAGUUUCAGGGUUUACAUGUACUUUCAAUGAUAUUUUCAGUUUUUGACAGUUUGGCUACUAUUUUUUCCUUUCUUUUUCAUAGAAUUUGUAGCUCUAUGGUUUCAGAGUUUAGUUUCAGUCUAUUUAGGGGAUAUUUUGUUAGAAUAAUACAUGUUUCAAUUUUCCUGCA